AUGGGAUCAUUAUGGAAUAAACCAGGAGGAUGGAGGAAUCCUAUGAUGUUAUUGGAAGCCUGGAUUUCUGUUGAACAUGUUUUGAAGCAAGUUGAAGAUCUCUUAUGUAGUUCAUUUUGUACUACUGUUGAUGAAUACAGCUUGAUACUCCGAAUGAUGCCUAAGUAUUCUCAAUGUUUUAGACAUUCCACAAAGUACUUUAAGCUCUUCUCCGAUUACUUUGGAGCGACAACAAUGUCGUGUAACAUACGAGUCUCACCAUCAGUUGGACUUCUAAACUUUAUACUAUCUCUUAUGGUAAAUUCUAGCCUCUUAGGAGUGAAUCCUAGUACUCAUAAGCCCAUUAGCAGCACUCACUACAGUGGUAUUCGAAUCCUGAGCUCCCAAAAAUCGCAGACGGGCCACGCGUAUGAUAAUACUCAAAGGGAAAUCGUAAAUUGA